CCCCUCGGGAACGUGAAGAGAAGAAACGCGAGACACAGAUGUGAAGCGAAACCCCACUCUGACCAAUGGAGAUCGAGGGCGUGGCACUGGGCCUCUCCUUCAUUGGCCCAGGGUUCCCCGGGCCCUCGGGCGCUGAGGCGGAAGUCUCCCCGGCUGGGAAAGGCGCCCUCAGCCUGCAGCCUUGCGGCACCCGGAGUCGCCGUCAUGGUGCGGAAGCUUAAGUUCCACGAGCAGAAGCUGCUGAAGCAGGUGGACUUCCUGAACUGGGAGGUCACCGACCACAAUCUGCACGAGCUGCGCGUGUUGCGGCGGUAUCGGCUGCAGCGGCGCGAGGACUACACGCGCUACAACCAGUUGAGCCGUGCCGUGCGUGAGCUGGCGCGGCGCCUGCGCGACCUGCCCGAGAGAGACCCGUUCCGUGUGCGCGCUUCGGCCGCGCUGCUGGACAAGCUGUAUGCCCUCGGCCUGGUGCCCACGCGCGGCUCGCUGGAGCUCUGCGACUUCGUCACGGCCUCAUCUUUCUGCCGCCGCCGCCUGCCCACCGUGCUCCUUAAACUGCGCAUGGCGCAGCACCUCCAGGCCGCCGUGGCUUUCGUGGAGCAGGGCCACGUGCGCGUGGGCCCGGACGUGGUCACCGACCCCGCCUUCCUGGUCACGCGCAGCAUGGAGGACUACGUCACCUGGGUUGACUCGUCCAAGAUCAGGCGGCACGUGCUGGAGUACAACGAGGAGCGCGACGACUUCGACCUGGAGGCCUAGUGGACGUGGCCCCCCGCGGCUGCAUUUCAUAGACGGAGGGCCGAGACCUGAUGCGUGGGCUCCUCAGGGCGCUCUCCAGGAAAGGGCUUGGCCCCUCAGCUGCAAGUCCACGCGCGGAGCCGAAGGGUACGCCCCUGUCUCCCCCGACAUUUUCUUACCUCUUGGACUAUUGAUAAUUAAAUGACUGCCUGGAGAGACAGUGGGAAGCGGUUUUGUUCCACACUGAGGAAUUGUUAGGGUCUUUUGUGUUUGAAACAUGGCAGAGUAGGGCGCCAACGUUGCGCCCCUGCCCUCCGCGCAGCUUUGUCUUUAUUAUCUCGUGGUGGGACGUUUGGCUCAGGUUAUUUAACGUGAAUACUUGGCUCCUGUUCAUGAUUAAGCUGCGUACAGAUAAUGGAGAGUUUGGUCGCAAGUUUUCAUGAAAGUGGGUGAGACUUUAGUCCCAAGGGUCCUCCUCCCCCUUGUUUAAAGAAGUGUUUUCCAAAUGCCAAUAAAUGGCCCAGCUGCUUUGGAAGUGCAGAUUUUUGUAUGUCUGGUUCUCUCACAUAGGGUCACACCUGGGCCCCUUGGCUCAGUGACCCAGAGGCCGAGUCAGAGCGACCUGCCUGCGGCCCCGACUGCAUGCGGAGGCUGCGGGAUGUAGUACAGGCCCGGGCAAAUUGAUCGGCUUACCGUUCCCUGCCUUGGAACGACUGUUUUGGCAGAGCUCUUUGCCACAGAAUUUCCUGUUGAUUUUCCAGCCCGGAAAUACCAUAUUAGAGGCUCAAGUGUUUGCUUGCCUAAGGAAAUAAUCACCCUACAGCUCGGCCAUCUAGUGGUUAGAAGUGACCCAGAGGCUCCUGGCGACUUAGAUGUUUUUAGGAGUGGAAGAGAACUGAGAGGGAGAGUGGGGAAACUACCUCAUUAUAGCGAAUGCUUACACAAGAAUACAUAGAAUGCCAAGACCAAUGGGUUGGCUUUUACAUGUGUCUUCAUUUGCUAAGGUGAAAGGCAGCAUUUGCUGAACAAACAGUGAAAGGAAGGUAACACUGGGAAUGGUGAUAAAUGCCACUACUAUAUGUUGGGCAUAGUGUUAAAUACAUUAUGUUUAUUAGUCUAUUUAAUCCUCCCUACAGUCCUGUGAAGUGGGGAAUCCAAUUAUUCUCUACUUUUCAGAUGAGUGAAUUGAGGCAGAAAAGGAUCACAUUGCCCAAGAUCGCCUUAAGUGGUGCUUAGCUCGUCCUCCUUUCCCUCCUUGGGCCACAAAAUAAAUACAGGGAGCCAGACAUGUCACAACAAAAGAGCCUAAUGGGUCAAAAAAUGUGUAUACACAGUGAGUAGGAGGGCAAAUUGGUACAAAUUCAGGAGAACAAUUUUACAACAUGUAACAAAUCUUAAAAAUAUUACACCCUCUGACCUAGAAAUGCCACUUUCAAGGAUUUAGCAUAAAUAAGUUAUGGACAUUUGCAAAAAAUUAAUUACAGGGAUCUUCACAGCAGUGUUUAAAGGGAAAAACUGAAAAUGUGCCCCACGGAUACUGGCUAAAUUAUUGGCUGUCCUUACGAUGAAGAACAACCAUUAAAAAUUAUCAAUAUAUUUAAGGAUCGAAAAUGUUAACAUAAAAUGCUGCCAAUAGUAUCCCAUUUUUCUGAAGAAAAUCACCUCAAUAGAAAAAACAUGGCACAGAAAUGGGUAUAAUAUUGUGUCUCUUUGGGUGGUAGUAUUACUGUCAAUUUUAAUCUUUUAAUGUGUUUACCAAUUUUUCUCCGAAGUCCAUACACUUACAAUCAGAAAUAUAAUUUUGUGUGAUCUCAAUCUGAACAUGUGAUAAGUUUUGGGAAAAGACACAUUUAGCUUUAAAAAGCAGUGUCCUGAAAACAAUGUUCCUCAUGUAAUUGUAGAUUAAUAAUACCAAAAAAAAAAAAGAAAGCAUAGAGCAUAUCCAUCACUUAGAAUACUUUGGAAAUAUAGGAAAGUGAACAAAGGAAAAUAAAUAAUUCAUUGUCUCCUCAAAGAAAAAAAAAAAGCUGUGUCCUAAUCAAACAGCAGUUGAAAUAGUCUCAUUAAAAGAGAACAAGAUUGACAGUAAACAAGCCUUAGAAGGAGUCUUAGACAAAUAGCCCCCUGGGCCAAGAAUCAGUUAUUCCCCAAAUUCAAAUUCAGUGAGUCAAAGAAAGGCCACUUUCCUUAGUACCCUGGCAGCCUGGUGUGCCGUCACAUUUUAGGCUAGCUUUCUAGAAUGGUUAAGUGUAUAGAUAAAACAAAAGUUGUAUGGACUGUGUGAUGCCUUCUGGUAUGUUCUGUUGCUUUUAUUUUUUUAAAUCUUUUUUUAAUUGAAAUAUAGUUGACAUUAUUACUGGU